GUGAUAUAAGCGAAAACCCUAAUUUUUGUUCCGUCUUCUCUGUUUUAAUCUGUUCUUCAAGGCAAAGCUAGAGACGACGUCGGAGGCGGCUGCUACUUAGGUUUCAGUUUUUUGAAAUUUUGAAAGAAUGGUGAGAAUCAGUGUGCUCAAUGAUGCUCUCAAGAGUAUGUACAAUGCUGAGAAGAGGGGAAAGAGGCAGGUCAUGAUCAGGCCUUCUUCUAAAGUGAUCAUCAAGUUCCUUAUCGUCAUGCAAAAGCACGGUUACAUUGGCGAGUUUGAGUAUGUUGAUGACCACAGGUCUGGUAAGAUUGUUGUUGAGCUUAAUGGAAGGUUGAACAAGUGUGGAGUUAUCAGUCCUCGUUUUGAUGUUGGUGUUAAGGAGAUUGAAGGAUGGACUGCUCGUCUACUUCCUUCCAGACAGUUUGGUUACAUUGUUCUGACGACCUCAGCGGGAAUCAUGGAUCACGAAGAAGCCAGGAGAAAGAAUGUUGGUGGCAAAGUUCUUGGCUUCUUUUACUGAAGCAGCUUCUCGAGAUCUAUCUUAUCGGGUUAUAUUUCGAUUCUCCUUAUGUUGAGGGAGUAGUAAUUGGAUUGUGACCUCAAUGUUAAAGUAGUAGUUUUUUGUACGUGGUUUUACUCAGAUGCUUAAAAACUUUGGAGAUGAGUAGACAAAUUUAUUUCAGUUUUUGAAUUCGUUAGA